AUGAAAACCAGAGGACUCAUCUGUAUCAUCACAGGAGCCUCUAAUGGGUUUGGACGGGCGCUGGUGCACCGAGUGGUCCAUUUGAUGAAGCCUGGUUCUGUCCUCCUGCUGGUGGCUCAUUCUGGGACUCUGCUGCAGGAGCUGAAGGAAGAUCUGCAGAGCGUCACUGAGGAACAGCAUCCGCAGAUUUGCUGCAUCAUAGCUGAUCUGAGCACUGAAGAUGGAGUGGAAGAAAUAGUGAUGAGGGCAAGAUAGGAAACUGUCAGCAAACUAGAUCAUGUUCUUCUUAUCAACAAUGCUGCCGCUUUGGGUGACAUUUCCAGGAUUACUAGUUUCACUGGCAUCACUGAGGUGAAUGCUUAUCUGUCCCUCUAUGUUAGCUCAGCUUUGGCGCUGACUGCUGGAAUCCUGCAGUUGUUUCCAUGCAGACCAGGCCUGUGAUGGACUGUGGUGAAUGUCUCUCUAGAGGCCUUACAGUCCGGGGUGUUGUACCACACAGCCAAAGCAGCCAAGAACAUGAUGUUCAGUGUACUGGCUGAGGAGGAACCAGUUGUUAAAGUUCUCAGGUACUCUCCAAUUCAAGAGGUGUACGGCUAUUUUAGUACCUUGGGUGAGGAAUGUCCAGUUGUCAUUGAAGAACAGAGGGCACAGAUUAGUCUAAGAGUUCCUCAGCUAGCCUGCUGA